AUGCCAGAAGAUCUGGUUAGUGACGAGGAGUUCCGGAAGGCGGUCACCAGCAACGGCUUCCCGGCACCGACGAAUGCCCAGUACAAGAGCUUCGUCAGCGGCGCUCCCCGAGGCAACAUCAGCACACGCCGCGAACUGUCCAUGUUCCUGGCCAACAUUAUCCACGAAUCUGGCGGACUGCGGAAGAAGAGGGAGCAGCAUCCCCUCCCGGCGUACGGGAAGUAUUACGGACGCGGAUACAUCCAGCUGACCUGGGAAGCCAACUACCGCGCCGCGUCCCAAGCACUGUACCACGACGAUCGUUUGCUGAGAAAUCCCGAUAUGGUCGCCGACAACGAGGACGUCGCCUGGGCCACCGCCUUCUGGUUCUGGGCCACCAACGUGCACUCCCGCCCCCGGGUGGCGGAAGGGAAGUUCGGGGAGACCAUCCAGGCGAUUAACGGGGCCCGCGAGUGCCACGGACAGAACCGCGACCAGGCCACCGCCCGCUUCCAGUACUACAAACGCGUCCUGGCCGUCUUCGUGCCCGGAGAGGUGCCCAUCGAAUCGGGAUGUUACAUUUAG